UUUUCUGUCAAUCAGUUUCUUCAAAAAUCGCAAAAUAUUAUUUUAUAAGUACGUUUUAAAUAAAAGUGCGUCGAAAAUUGCAAUUUAGUCCUUUAUAAUUAUAGCCGAUGCCUUUUCAGUGUUAAUAUUUUACUAUCACGCUGUAAAUACUAUACCUAUUUAGAGGAUGCUGCGCCAGCCUCUAUCCCGGGCGCUUGGGCUGUCUCCCAGUCGCGUGGCGCCGCUGACGGCCCGCAAGUUUGCCGAGCAAGUGCAAGCACAGCCUGACAAUGUGGAGCUGUUCAUUGAUGACCAGCCUGUAUCUGUGCCUCCUGGCACCACUGUAUUGCAGGCAGCAGCACAAAUUGGUGUUGAAAUUCCUCGGUUCUGUUACCAUGAGAGAUUAGCAGUAGCUGGAAACUGUCGCAUGUGCUUAGUAGAGGUUGAGAAGUCGCCCAAGCCAAUUGCAGCGUGCGCCAUGCCCGUCAUGAAGGGGAUGAGGGUGAAAACUAACUCGGAUCUCACCAGGAGAGCCAGGGAAGGUGUCAUGGAGUUUCUCCUGGUGAACCACCCCUUGGAUUGCCCCAUCUGUGACCAGGGAGGGGAGUGUGACUUGCAAGAUCAAUCAAUGGCGUUUGGCUCUGAUAAAAGCAGAUUUACUGAUAUUCAUUUCUCUGGAAAACGGGCUGUAGAAGACAAAGAUGUGGGCCCAUUGAUUAAGACCAUCAUGACGAGAUGCAUUCAUUGCACACGUUGCAUCCGCUUUGCGUCAGAGGUGGCUGGCGUCGAUGACUUUGGUACUACUGGCAGAGGCACAGAAAUGCAGGUUGGAACCUAUGUUGAGAAAAUGUUCUUGUCUGAGUUAUCUGGCAAUAUCAUUGAUCUUUGCCCAGUGGGUGCCCUCACAUCAAAACCAUACAGUUUUGCUGCCCGACCAUGGGAGACCAGAAGGAUUGAUUCAGUUGAUGUUCUUGACCCACUGGGAAGCAACAUAGUGGUAGCGACACGCACCAAUGAAGUGCUGCGUAUCUUGCCUAGGACAAAUGAGGAGAUCAACGAAGAGUGGCUGUCGGACAAGUCGCGCUUCGCGUGCGACGGUCUGAAGCGACAGCGGCUCGUGACGCCCAUGAUAGCCGACAGUCGCGGCAACCUCACGCCCGUCGACUGGGAGGAGGCGGUCGUCGCGGCCGCCAGCGCUCUGCGCGACUGCCCGCCUGACAAGCUGCUGGCGGUGGCGGGCGAGCUGGCGGACGCGGAGUCGCUGGUGGCGCUGAAGGACCUGCUGAACCGGCUGGGCUCGGAGAAGGUGUGCACGGAGCAGUACUUCCCGCUGGAGGGCGCCGGCACCGACCUGCGCUCCUCCUAUGUGCUCAACACCAAGAUUGCUAAUGUGGAAGACGCCGACUUCGUGCUACUGAUCGGCACGAACGUCCGCUUCGAGGCACCGCUGCUGAACGCGCGCAUCCGCAAGGCGUUCAUACACAAGGAAACCGACAUUGCCUCCAUCGGACCCAAGGUUGAUCUCACCUACGAAUAUAUUCACGUCGGCGACUCAGCGUCCAUCGUGAAAGACUUCGCGACGGGCUCGUCCUCCCACGAGGCGCUGAAGCGGCUGGAGAGCGCCAAGCGUCCCGUCGUCAUCAUCGGCGCGGACCAGCUCAAGUCAGCUGAGGGUCCGGCUCUGCUGGCUUACACGCAGGAACUGGCGCUGCGUUUGCAGGACAAACUGGCUGAUAAGGAAUGGAAGGUACUGAACGUACUGCAGCGCACGGCGUCGCAAGUGGCUGCGCUGGACAUCGGGUACAAGCCGGGCGUGGGCAAACACCUGCAGGACGGGCCCAAGGUGGUGUUCCUGCUGGGCGCUGACGCGGGCGUCGUCACCAGGGAGUCUCUGCCCAAGGACUGCGUCGUCAUCUACCAAGGGCACCAUGGCGACGUGGGAGCCGCCAUCGCCGACAUAGUGCUGCCGGGCGCGGCGUACACGGAGAAGCGCGGCACGUACGUCAACGCGGAGGGGCGCGCGCAGCAGACCCUGCCCGCCGUCACGCCGCCCGGCAGGGCGCGCGAGGACUGGAAGAUUAUCAGGGCGCUGUCGGAGGUGUGCGGCGCGCGGCUGCCGUACGACUCGCUGGACGAGGUGCGCGACCGGCUGGGCGAGCUGAGCCCCGCGCUCGUCUGCUACGGCGAGGUGCAGAACAACAACUACUUCGCGCAGGCGAGGCAACUCGCGCAGAGUCUACAAAAACCAGUGUCCGGCAAACUGGACGUACAGUUGAAGCAGCUCGAGGACUUCUUCAUGACGGACGCGAUCAGCCGCGCGUCCCCCACCAUGGCCAAGUGCGUCCAGGCGGUCAUCAAACAGAAGCAGUCUCCAUACUAGGACAGUGGACGCAUACUUAGCAAACAAUACACGAAUACAAAUACACAAUAUAUACACUCAAUAUAAACAUUCUAUAUUUGAAUUUGAAUACAUAAUUAUUUUAGUAAAAUGCUUACCGAAUAAUACUUUAAAUAUAUCCUAAGCUAUAUUCAUAUUAUGAACAUUCAAUAUUUAACAGAAGCAGUCUUCAUACUAGGACAGUGGACACACACUUAGCAAACAAUACACGAAUACAAAUGCACACUGAAUACAAACAUUCUAUAUUUGAGUUUUAAUACAUAAUUAUUUUAGUAGAAUGCUUACCGAAUAAUACUUAAAAUAUGCCAUAUGCGAUAUUUGAAUACAAAACUUUUAGUGAGUCCCAUUAUACUUAUCAAUCAAAUCAAAAUCAAAAUCAAAAAUUUUAGCGUAUGCUUAUUAAUCAAUACAUAAAAUACACGUUCUUAAUAUAAACAUUAGGUUUCUAAAUACAAAUCUUUUAAUAAAUAUUAUCAUUUUACAAAUUAAUACAUAAAAAUAUAUAAUCUUAUUCAACCAUUCGAUAUUUGUAAAGAACACUUUCAGUAAAUCCAAUACUUUCCAAUAAUUACAUAAAAUAAAUGAUCUUUAACUUAAUAAAUCAAAUGAUGCUUACUAAUUAUUAGUAUUAUUUGAAUAAUUUAAUUUAAAUAAAUAUUUAUUUAAUACAAAUUCAAUAAAAAACAAUUGCCUUAUUUGAGAUUACUUUUAAAAUACUAUAGUAUUGUAUCCGUAAUACACAAAAUAAUGUUUGAUCUAUAUAUAUUUUGAUAUCUAUACAUAAUUUGGUGAAUUGGCAAAUUACAAUCUAUCUUUACGUUUGGAAGAUUUAACUAUAAAAAUAGAUUUUCUGUUAUUCGUGUUUAUUUUUAAGUAAUCAUUAUUAACUAUUUCUGUUUAAAAUAAUAAUAUAUAUUUCAACAAAAAUAGUUGUAAUUUUAGUAUUUUUUUUAAAUAGCUUUUUGCUCAUCUGCAAUCAUUUUUACGAAAAAAAAAUACUUCAGUAAUGCACUAAGUACAGUCGGGCGUACAUUCCUAAUCUAUCACUUAUUUAAAACUAAUUAAUUCGUUCGACUGUACAUACCUUUGGCACUUGAAGAUAUUUAUUUUAGUACUUGAAGUUGUUUGGGUAAUUUUGUUUUUCUGUUAUUUUUUAGAAUAUCCAUUUUCUUUCUGAAUUUCUUAAAAUUAUAUAUUCUUACAUUUAUUACUUAUUUUUUACAAAAAGGUGUAUUAAAAGCAAAAUUACCUAAAUUAACUGUAGGUAUCAUUAAUAAGUUUAGCAAUUGUAUCUUAUUGUAAUUUAAAUAUUACCUACACGAUAUUACUUAUCUAAAAUCAGUAGAAUCAUUGGAAUGUAAAUGCAUUGUAUUUGACAAGAAUUAAGGUUGUAAGGACAGAUUUUGUAAAUAAGUGUUUAGUAUAAAAAUAAAAUGUAGUAUAAUGAUUGUCGAAA